GACUUGAAAUGGCAGUCAUUGGCGCAUCACAACUGCUUUGAUAGAUCUCAUAGUAAAGAAAUAAGACCUACAGCAAAAUUUCCAUGCAUUUAACUUAAUACGUAGUAGUCCGUGGUUGUAUUGUAUUGCUCUUUUUGGCUGUUCAUUUGCUAAAAAAGUUGUUUUUUCGUUUGUUUUGUUUGGUUGUAUCGAGACAGGAGGCCCCAGUCGGGACACAGUGGGGAAGAGACGACCGAAAGAGAGAAUAUGUAACAGGCGUCCAAAAUGACAUCCAGAUUCAGUAAAACAUAUAGUCGGAAGGGAGGAGAGGCUAACUCCAAAUUUGAUGAGGUCUUCUCCAACAAGAAGGCUACCCUCAGCACUAAGUGGGGGGAGACCACUUACACAGCCCAGUUGGGCUCCAAACGGCCCAGUCUGAAACCAGAGCUGCCUGAACUUUCUAAAAGACCCCGCUUAGACGAUGAUGACAGCUUGGACGACCCAUUUGGAUUUGACAGUGAUGAAGAGUCCAAAACUGUGACGUCUCGUAGCAGUCCUCCGUCAGACGGGGGUUCGGAUGCGGCAGGGUCAGUGAGCAAACAACCCCAGUCUCACAGUGAGAAACCAGCUCGGACCACUGAUGUUCCCAGUGGAGAUGGUACAACAGUGAAGACAAACCAGACAGGCAGGGUUCCUGUGGACUCCAAUAGCACAUUUGGAGGAAACAAGCCUGUCCAAACCCCGUCAAACUCAGGCUCUGCUUGGUACAAAGUGGCAUCGGUGACUGAUCGCAAACCCUCUGCUCAGUCUUACAUCAUAAAAACUCUUCCGACAGCUAAAGACUCUUCCGAUGGCUGGGAUUCACCUGAGGAAGACUCUCUGGAUGAUGCCGACAUGGAGGGGUCAUCAGGAUCCGUCCAGGACAAAGACCCCUCUUCCUCUGAUGUCCCAAAGCCUGAGGAAGAGGUGGAAGCCCCGGUCGACUUUGAGCAGCUUCCUCUUCUGAAAUCAGCUAGCUCCAGGGUCUACCGACGGCCCAAUCGGCACAAAGAGACGGAGGAUGCAGGGGUUGUGGAGGCAGGGAGCAGAACCAAACCUGACCAUGUCCUGACCGCCAAGACCAAUAGUGCAGUGGGGACGGCAAGUUCAGAGGCAAAGCCGGCUGGACGUGGUAGGGUGAGGGACUACACGGUGCUCCACCCCUCCUGUGUGUCUGUGUGUAAUGUUACUAUUCAGGACUCCAUGGAGAGGAGUGUGGAGGAGUUUACCAGCACCGUGCCUGCUGACAUUGGUGAGGCUGGAACAUUCAGGAGGAAGACAGAUACACAGCCUGCUAAGCCCACAAGGUUCAGGCCCACUCAGAGUAAGUCAAAGAAGGAGACUAAAUUGGAGUUUUUUGGCUUUGAGGAGAAUGAGGGGCAGGACUCAGAAGGAGAUGCCUCAGCUUCUGGCAGUACCAGCUACAAGAUCAAAUACUUUGGUUUUGAUGAACUCAGUGAGAGUGACAGUGAGGAUGAUGAGGACUCCGCUGCUGCUGAAAAGAGGAAGGCUAAGAAGCCAGCAAUGUCAGCUUCAGCCUUGACUGCCAGUGUGGACAGUCCUCAGACCAGUGAUUCGCAAGAGAGUCAGUCCAGCACUAAUACAGAUUCUCAGGAGAUGUCAGAUGAAGGUGGUGCUGCUGGAUCAGAUGGACAGAAACGACAGGGAAAACAGUCUGAUAAGUCCAAGGAAAUCGGCCGGAAGAUCUUCAGCGGACCCAAGAAGUGUUCAGCUAAAGCUGUGUAUAACGCCAGACACUGGAACCAGCCUGAGCCUGAUGAAGUGCCAGCCUCAACCCAUUCACACUCUGUUCCUACACCUAAGCCAAGUGUAUCAAGUUCAAGCAAAGAGACAAAUGCCCAUAAAGAUGAUGGGGUGUUCAAAGCACCACCUCCUCCACCUAAAGUCAUCAAAUCAGUGACCAUUCCCACCCAGCCAUACCAAGACAUUGUCACAGCACUCAAGUGCAGGACAGAACACAAGGAGCUCUACACAGUAGUCCAGCAUGUGAAGCACUUUAAUGAUGUAGUGGAGUUUGGAGAAAAUCAGGAGUUCACUGAUGAUUUUGAGUACCUAGAGACAGGCCUGAAGAGCACUCAACCUCUCAACACACGAUGCCUUAGUAUAAUCAGUUUGGCCACCAGGUGUGCCAUGCCAAGCUUCCGGAUGCAUCUACGGGCCAGAGGGAAAGUAGCUCAGGUUUUUAAGAUGCUCAGUGAUGCCCCUCAGCACCCAAAUCUGGCUUUGUGCACAGCGUCUCUCAUGUAUAUUCUGAGUAGAGAUAGGUUGAAUAUGGAUCUGGACCGGGCCUGUUUGGAGCUCAUGAUCCGCUUACUGGAGUUGGAGCAGGAUGAUUCUGUGGCAGACCAGCUGACAGCCAAAGAGAUGAGCAAAGUCAAAGAGAAGAUCCGCAAGUUAUGCCAGACAGUUCACAACAAACACCUUGACCUGGAGAAUAUCACGACAGGGCAUUUAGCAAUGGAAACUCUUCUCUCAUUGACCUCUAAGCGAGCUGGUGAUUGGUUUAAGGAGGAACUCCGCUUGCUGGGAGGACUGGACCACAUUGUAGAUAAAGUGAAAGAGUGUGUGCAGAACCUGAGUGAAGAGGAGGAUAAAGAGAACCUUGUGGCAUCAUUAUGGGGAGCAGAGAGAUGUUUACGAGUGCUUGAGAGUGUUACAGUCCAUAACCCAGAAAACCAGGGCUAUCUGAUUGCCUACAAAGACUCCCAGCUCAUAGUCUCCUCAGCAAGGGCUCUGCGUUACUGUGAAGAGAUGAUUCAGCGCUACAGUAGAGAGGUCAACAGCUCUCUGUCCUCUUCUGGCUCCGCCCUUCCACACUGUAGCCAUAGUAACGUUGGCAAGGCUGUAGAGGACUGCAUGCGGGCUGUUAUAGGAGUUUUGCUCAACCUCACCCAUGAUAAUGAGUGGGGGAGCACCAAGACAGGGGAACAGGAAGGGCUGAUGAUGACAGCAUUAAGCUGUGUACUCAAAGUGCCAUGGUACCUCCCUCAGGAACAGAGAUUUGACAUUAGAGUUCUGGGUCUGGGUCUGUUGAUAAACCUUGUUGAAUACAGCUCCAGAAACCGCCACUGUCUUGUGGAGAUGGAGGUGGACACGGCCUGUCUAGAAAAGACAGAAAGAGAAAAGCAGAGAGAGGGGAAGACAGAAGGAGAGCAGAAGGUGAAGAAGGACGGAGAAGAAGAGAGUGGGAAAGAAGGAUCAAGAGAAAUGAAGAGAUCAUCAGGAGCUCUAGCUGCAUUAGUGGAACUCUUCCUGGAGAGGGAGCGUGCCGCUGUGCUGGCUGAGGCACAGACUGAUGAUCUUAUUAGCGAAGCACCAAAGUCUCAGGCCGACCAGAGUGGAGAGUGGCAGGAGACCUGUGGAGAGAUCCAGUGGGUUGCCACAGAAACCAACGAAACAAAUGAAAAAGAGAAGGAGAAAAAAGAAGAAGAAGAGGAGGAGCUGGAUCUCAAUAAAGCCCUGCAGCAUGCUGGGAAACACAUGGAGGACAGCAUAGUAGCCUCAUACACUGCCCUGCUACUGGGAUGUCUGUGUCAGGGCAGUCCGAUGAAUGUGACCACAGUUAGGGAGAAUCUUCCUAAAGGAGACUUCACAAUUAUGACUGAGAUGCUUAAGAAGUUCCUGAAUUUCAUGAACCUUACUUGUGCUGUGGGGACUACUGGGCAGAAGUCUAUCUCUCGAGUGAUAGAGUAUCUGGAGCACUGUUAGUGAUGAUCCCCUCUCUCAUGCUGGAUGAUGCAGUGCCUGGCAACCCAUCCCAAGCCCUUCUGCAAAGAAUUCACCAUAGCCGAUGGUCGUUAUGGUUUGCGUUGCCAUGGACACAAUUACCACAGGCUCUAUGUUCGUUCUCAGUAGUGUUCACUGGUUUUCUGUCAGGCAUGAUUGAAAUGGUGCAGUGCACAUACAGCGUGUGUGUGUAUAUGUGUGAACAGUAUGUUUUCCCACAAUUAAAUCGCAAACCAAAUGACGACAUAAAUAUUUAUGCGGCUUAUGGGUAAAGUAAUGUACCUUUUUACUAUUAUUUGUGUG